UGAUUGUGGUUUAAAAUAAUAUUUUUCAUCCAGUCUCUGGCGUGUGGCUUGUUUUCUCAUUAUCACAAAGGACAUGAAUGUCAACUCCAUCAUCAGCAAGCCUAAUAAUAAGCAAACCCAGUUUCAUUUCACACUCAUUUCACUUUUACCAAACACAGUUGUCUCUCACACUCAGACACGUGCUGCCCUGUCUGAUGAAGAUCACUUCGCCCUCUUCGGCCUUUAGAACACAAAUUCUAAAGUACACAGGCAGUCAAGCCCAAACAUCUCAAAAUAAUUCUGAAGUGCACAUUUACCACAGUAAACAGUGCUACGGAAGUUAUGUUUCAGCAGUGUUAACAAAUAACGUAUUUUGUACCAGACUGAUAGAGAAGUGUGUCUGUGUUAUGAGGUGAAUGAGCGUUCCCCCUGGAGAAAAUAAACCCACUGAAAGAAAAGACUGACUUCUGCUUUAAUGAGACCCAGAUUGAAUUUUGUGAAGAAAAAACGUGUUGCCACCUAAAAAGAUCCACCAGCUCAUAAAUAAGAGAAGGUGUUUGGUCUGGAACCGUCACAGCUGAUUUAUUUCUGUAUGGGUAACUGGAUUCAGCUCAAACCGAUCCCGUUUGGUGCACAUGCUUGGUUGGAGACAAGAUAGUGACUAGCCUUAAUAGCAUUUAAUCCAUUACACAACAUGAAGCACCCGACUUAACAGAUAGCAGAAGAAACACUGCAAAUGGAUUAGCCUGUUUUUGACUCUGUUUCACUCUCUUUUUUUUGAGUAUUUUGUUUGACUACAUACGCACAGUCGUAGUAAAGUCAGUGUAACCACAUUGACGGCUCGGGGGGAGGGGGGUUGUGCACAAGUGGAUCGGGGGAAGAGAGCCUGGAUACACCGGACGGAUUUUCAAAGACUCAAAGACUUCGUGGAUGCAUGAACUAAAAAGCUCAACAGUCAUGUGUAACGCGAGAGUGAUGGAAGGCCACAGAAAAGCUACACAAAGAGCUCCAUCUAGAGGCCAGCAGGUAAAAAUGACAUUUUAUUUCAAUUAGGUCUGUUUUCCUUUCAGAGGCUGAGAAAUCAAUUGUUCUGUAUUAAAUAGUCACUCACUCUCUAUGUGGAAAUGCACCUAUUGUAAGUCGCUUUGGAUAAAAGCGUCAGCUAAAUGACGUGAUGUAAUGUAAUGUAAUAGACAGUGAGGUUGCCUUGAACCACACGAUGCUCUAACUCGUGUCACAUACUAUUUGCACCAGGGGGGUGAAAGGUCAAUGGGGGGGCACUCAGGGUUCGGUAGCCAAGAAACAGACGCAUCUGACCAGCUCGCAUUGGGUACUGUUCACUGUGUAAAUGAAGCCACAUGUCGGCUUCUUGUUUUCUUGCUAAACCGAAUCAAAAAGUGUGUUUAAGUGUGACGGUAGAAACAUUAAAAAUGAUGUCAUUUCUCUGUUUCCACUCGGACAGACAAAGGGAGCCCACUGAGUUGCACUCACACAGCAACACAACUUUCUCCCCACACGUCCUUAGAAGCUCUUUCUAACACUUCUCCAUCUAGCCGACAGACCCUCGGUUGCUAGGUAACCCCGUGAAACCCGUUCAGCGAGUUGAAGAUAAAAGGUUUCCUUCAAUUACCGAGAGAGCAUGAGGUAAUAUCUGUCAUUGAUUUCUUUUGUAUGUGAGAGCGAGUGUGACAUUAAAGGUACGCUGUGUAAUCGGGUUGUUAAAUGCAGCGGGUAACUUGUGUGUUUAGCGUUAGCUUAAACGUUAGCUUAAGUUAACCCGCCAAAUCACUUUAUAACUAUUACUCAAGUUAUUCCCCAGAAAACAAUAUAUUUCCGACCACGAGCUCUUUCACAUAUGAACUCUUUAACACUAACGCAUUAUUGAAUUGUAAGAUAUAAAGCAAUUUGCAAUAAUAAUAAUGGUUAGCAUGAUGUUGUGGUGAUACUGUUGUGUAGAUUCGUCUGUAGAAAAAGAUAUCACUUAAUCGAAAUGAUCUCCUUCUGGGAUUUAAAUCCGUGGGAUAACUACCAACAAUAAUUUGCAAUAAAUACAGUGAUAUCUGGAAUGGAUUUGAGUUGUAUGAAGUAGCAGAAGAUAAUAAAACUUAUAACUAAAGUCAGAUCUAUAAAGCUCCAGCUUGAGGAAAUUUUCACCAACAGCCAUCGGGAAAGAGAGACUCCUCACAGGAAAUGUAACUCAAUGCUGCACCGCCUUCUCAUCUUUUCUUCCCUUCACAUUUCUCAAUAUGGCUCCAGCAUGCGGGAAGAGGGCCCCCGGGAGCCCCGACGCUCCUCCCUGCAGCAUGAAGCAGCCCGGGUGAUCCAGAGGACCUGGAGGAGCCAUGUGCUGCAGAACAGAGAGGUCUUCAAAUAUUUCAAAGAGCUCAUCAGCCACUGCAACCAGCGGGAUCCCCGAGAGAUCCUAAAAACGGUCAACCCACGAGAGGCACAGCUGCUGGACGCUGCUGCAGGCGUGUUCAUACGCAUCCGACUCGGAGGGAUUGCCUUUCCUCCCAACAUCUACUACAAGAUCUUCACCCAUGCUCCCAUCGUGGACGUGUGUGCCAGCAGCCCAAAGGACUACACCAAGCCAGGCCUCCAGGAGCACGCCGACCAUGGCCGGCCUCCGAUGCAGGACCGUUCCGGAUGGUACCAGCGCACGGAGAACAACAACUGGAGGCUGUUCUGUAGGAAGGUGGUUCCCACAAAUGAGCCCAAAGAGACUGGCGCUAAUAAGAAAAUGGAUUUUCACUAUUCCAGGUUGCAGCGGCAGAAAGAUGUGGGCAAGUGGAGGAAGAAGAGGAAAAUUGAAUGGCUGACGCAGAUGUAUAACCAGGGCCGUCUGCAGACUCAGCCGGUACAACAACACGUAGUGGCGCUGUUGGUUGAUUAUGUCCAGCAGGCGAUGGAGGCCAUUGAAGAGAGGCGACACGAGGAGAUUCUGGACAGGGAGCUGGAUGAGCUGAUGGCCUGGACCAACACUCUCAACUUCGAGGAGUACAUGCAGGAUUGGCGAUGUCUGGCCUGCACUCACUCAUCUGAGCGGACGGCAGUGAGGGCAGCACCCCUUUGACACAACAGAAAUCACUCACCCCUAUCUACCAGAGCACACUUGGCUUUGCUUAUUAGUUCGCCGCUCUGGCAGAUGACGGGUGGGUCUUAAGUAGAAACCAAAUAAAAUAACCUGUCGGAAAACACUUUUUGUGCUAAUGUGCUAAUUGUGCAGUUAUACACAAUAAGGCUUUUCAGGUGGAGCUGAAUACACUAGUUUAUUUAUAACAUAAGUGAUUGUUAAUAAAGUAAUAUAGUUUUUGGUAAUGUGUCUCAUUGUAUUGGUCAAAUGGACUUCAUUAAGAUAAUGAUUUUGUUAUUUGUUUUUAAAGAGAUUAUGAAUGUUGAAGGAACCACUCUGAUCCACAAUCUGCAAAUCGUUGAGUCUCUGACAUCUAACUGGAACAAACUGAUUGCAACUGGACACAUCUGGCCCCCACAGAAUACUUGUGUGUAAAAUGAAUCCUCAAAAGGGUUUGUGUUCAGUGACUGUGGAGAACAAAAAAAAGACAUGAAAUCCACAUGUGCGCAAA